UUUUAUUGGAUAUCGAACAUCGUACAUCGGAUAUCGGACGCGAUGUGAAUCCUGCAUUAGUAUUCGAAUACACGUCAAGAAUACGGUCUUCAAUUUGUAUUAUUUAUCGAAUGAUAGUGAUUUCGAUGAAUCGAUCGUUUUGCGUAAUUUAUAAUCGGCAUCAAAUUUAUGCGCAUUUUUACACAAAAAAAUCUUCGUUAUUGUGUGGUUAUGUUGGGCUUAUCAUAAGUAAAUAUCUACAUAAAGCAAAACGUUAUAUGAUUCCACACCAUGGCAGAGACAACAAAUAAUAAGAGUACUUCAAGCGUUAAUGAUAACGCGACCGGAGAUAUUUCUAAUAAUGAGCUUCCUAAUGACUUACAGGAGAAGCUAUUGAUACUUGUAGAUUGUGUCUAUGAAAACAGAGAACAGCAUCUUGCAAGAGGUGUCUGAGCAUAUUAAAUAUACUAUAAGCUCAAACAAGCAAUCUGCAGUAAAAGUACAAGAGACUGAUGUAGGAUUGGAUAUGAAAAAUGGAGAAAUUAAUAGCAAGAAUCACAAAGCAGAAUUGCAAAAACAAGUAGAAAUUGGAGAAAUUACACCUUUUGAGGCAAUAUUCAAGCAGUCUGCUUUCGAGCAAAAAGAGGGGACUACGAAUAAAGGUACUCAGUUAUUAGAUCUUGAAAAAUAUUUUAAACAGCAAACUGCCCUUGCUGAACAUAAAAGAAAAUUAAAAGAAGUUCUCAAAAAAAAGGACAAUAUAGUGUCAACCAAGAAACUAAAACUGUCUGACACAAAAAUGUGUAAUAAAUCUCAUAAAUCUAGAUGUGUCAAAAAUACCAAGGAUAAUUUUCAGCAAAAUAUAAAUGAUACAGAUUCCUCAAAUGUAGUGAAUGACACUUUAAACAAUAGUUCAGGAAGCGAGUAUGUUCCCAGUGAUAAUGAAGUUGAAUCAGAUGCUGAUGAUGAAACAUUGUCUAAAGGAAGAAAAAUCCCAGUAAAAUCAGGAUACACACGCAUAAAAAAAGUUCAAGAUGAUGGCAACAUUCAAGUAUUCAAGGAAAGAAUGGAGACAAGCAGUUAUCCCAAAGAUGAAGCAAUGCACAAACUUAAUAAUUUAUUUAAAGUACCAAAAAGUAUUUGGAAUAGAUUGUACAGAUAUCAGAAGGUUGCAGUUCGAUGGCUCUGGGAAUUGCAUGGACGUAAGUUAGGUGGCCUACUGGGUGAUGAAAUGGGACUAGGAAAAACUGUACAAAUUAUCGCAUUUUUCGCAGGCUUAGAUUGUAGUGAAUUGCUGUCUCAUAAUGGAAGAUUUAGGGGAUUGGGCCCGACUAUAAUCAUAUGUCCUGCUACUUUAAUGGAGCAAUGGGUGAAACAUUUUCACGAAUGGUGGCCUUUUAUCAGAGUAGUCGUGCUUCACCAAUCGAGCUGUUACAAAGGUGAUCCGAAAAAUCUAAUAGAAUCUUUACAAACCGGCGGAAUUCUCAUCACUUCAUAUAAUGGUGUUGUCAAGCAUGAGGACUUGAUCAUAUCUAGUCAAUGGCAUUAUGUUAUCCUCGACGAAGGCCAUACGAUUCGCAAUCCGCAAGCAAAGAUGAGCCGAGCUGUGAAGCGACUUCAGACACCGCAUCGAUUAUUAUUGACCGGCAGCCCGAUGCAGAAUUCAUUGAAGGAAUUAUGGUCCUUGUUUGACUUUAUUUUACCCGGUAAACUCGGUACUCUAUCCGUGUUCUUGGAACAUUGUGCGGCACCGAUCAUGCGCGGUGGUUAUACCAAUGCGACACCAUUACAGGAAGCUACAGCCUUGCAGGUAGCUACUAUGUUAAAGAAUACCAUUACUCCAUACAUGCUCAGAAGAACGAAAACUGACGUAAAUCAUCAUCUCAGACUUCCUGAGAAGAACGAGCAGGUGUUAUUUUGCAGCUUAACCAAUGAACAGAAGAAGUUAUAUAAAGAAUAUCUAUGCUCCGAGGAUGUAUCCUUCAUUUUGGGUGAGAAAAAUCAUCACAAAAGUAAAAGAUAUAAGGCGAGGUUUUUUAUCGCGUUGUCGGCGUUACGAAAAAUAUGCAAUCAUCCUGAUUUGUUCCUGUACACAAAACAAUUCGAUUCGGAGGAAGAUAUUGACUUAUCCGAAGAAUUAUUGGAGAAGUUCGGUUACUGGAAACGAGCUGGGAAAACGACCGUUGUCCGCUCUCUUUUAAAAAUUUGGCAGAAGCAAGGGCAUAGAGUGUUACUUUUCACUCAAGGAAAGCAGAUGAUGUAUAUUUUAGAAUCUUUAUUAGUACGUGAAGGAUAUACCUAUUUGAAACUAGAUGGUGCGACAGCGAUGUCUCAGCGACAGCAAAUGAUACAAACGUUUAACAAUAGCCCUUCAUACUUUAUCUUCUUGCUGACAACGCGCGUAGGAGGUUUAGGAUUGAAUUUGACCGGUGCGAAUCGUGUGAUUAUCUAUGAUCCUGACUGGAAUCCGGCGAUAGACGCUCAAGCGAGAGCACGCGCCUGGAGAAUAGGCCAGAAUAAACAAGUUACCAUAUAUAGAUUAAUCACUGCCGGCACUAUUGAAGAGAAGAUGUACCAUAGGCAGAUCUUCAAGCUGUUGCUGUCGGAUAAAGUUCUCGACGAACCUCGUCAACGUAAACUGUUCAAGACAUCGGAUCUGGUGGAGCUGUUUAAUCUAAACGAGCCAAUAAAUGGUGAGGCUUCUGAAUCCGAUCGUUUGUUCAAAGAAUCCAAAUCGGUACUCGCAAGUAAAUUUCCUCUCACCAAAAUCGAGAAGAUGAGAAAACUAGCUUCAGCCCUCAGCAAGAAAAUAAGUGCGGCAAAUAUUGUUAAAUCUACAUGCAAUGAAGAUGAGAAAACAAGCGAUCAUGAGCACAAACAUAAUGGUGAAAAUAAUAACUUGAGAUGUAAUGAAGCUCACGUUGUGGAAAACCACUUAUCCGAGAAUCAAACGUUAUGCUCUCAGCCAAUUAGUGUGCAGGAAUCUCCGAGCAAAGAUGAGAAUUUGAUCGCUGCUUCGAAUGUCAGGAGAAAUGGCAAUGCAAAGGAUAACGAUAUAUCUAAGGACGAUUCCGAGUUGAAUGUAGCCCUAUUGAAUACCGCAAAGGACAGUGUCAUAGAAAAAGAGAAAACUGGGUCUGUUUUGAGUGACGACAAAGUCGAGUCGCUGCACGCGCGUAAACGCAAGAAAAGCAAAAAGAAGAAAAGAGAAAACCAAAUCUCUGCGAUGUUCGAGGGUGAACGUGUUUCUUGUCUAAUUGGUCGUCGUCUGGGUCAUUCUGACGAAAGAGAAAAAUCCGUGUUGACCACUGACGAUGACUACGUAUUGAGAAAGCUAUUCGCCAAAUCAACUGUCAGCUCAGCAUUUGGACACGAAGCAGUAUUAUCAAAUGCGCGUUAUAACAGUGACAACGAAAACACGAUGCAACGUUUCGCACGUGAAUCAGCACAAGAAAGCAUGGAUUAUGUGCGUCAAUCCGGAAGGAUGUGCUGGAGACCAGCGUAAUUCAAACUUCUCUAACAAGAAACUUUAGAUAUAUCUUCUAUAUUUUUCUUUUUUUUCGUAAACUUUAUUUAUAUAGAAUUAUAUGUUUCGUGACUUUUACAUCGCAAAUAAGGCUGUGGAGAAACUACAUGUAGUUUUGAAUAAGAAAUUUGUAUAUUUUUUUUAUUUUUUUAAAUAACGUAUAUCUCGUUUGUAUUUUACGCGUAUGUAUAAGUGCGUGUAUUGUACAAUAUAAUAAUAUCCAUCGUUUUGUUAAUAAACAGUUUUUUGCAACGCAACAA